AAUUACAUUCCUCCUUUUAUCAGCUCUCCCGACAACCCUCCCUCAAUCGACACAACCGCACCUCCUUCCCGACCUCGCUUCGCUCACAAACCAAACUCCUUGAACCACACUUUUGCCCAAGAUGGACCCUUACUCUUCAGAAGGCGAGCUGAUCAACAUCCACGCCGCCUUCCACCAGUACCAAUACGAAUCCGUCCUCAACGACUUCGACCCGUCGUCCUUCUCUCCCGAGAACCACCUCACCGCCCGCGUCCUCCAGCUGCGGGCCCGCAUUGCUCUGGGCCAGGGCCAGGAUGUCCUCGACGAGGUCAAGGGCGAGAAGCAGCCGGAGCUGGUCGCGGUGUCUGCGCUCGCGACGCUGAGCCUGGGCGACGAGGAGGAGGCCGUGGGCAUCGUACAGAGCCUCCUGAAUGCAGGCGGCGACGCCGCUGCGGAGAAUGCUACGGUGCAGGUGCUAGGGGGCACAGUCCUUGCUGCGACUGGCAUGGGCGAGGAGGCGCUGACCCUUCUGGGACGGCAUCAGGGAAAUCUCGACGCCGUCGCCCUGAUCGUCCAGAUCCACCUACAACAGAACCGCAACGACCUCGCGAUCAAGGAGGUCACGGCUGCGCGGCGGUGGGCGCAGGACAGCAUCCUAGUCAACCUAGCCGAGUCUUGGGUCGGCCUGCGGCUGGGCGGCGAGAAGUACCAGCAGGCAUUCUACGUCUUUGAAGAGCUUGCACAGGCGCCGUCCACCUCGUCCGUGCAGACGCUCGUUGCGCAGGCCGUCGCAGAACUUCACCUCGGCCGGACCGAAGAGGCACAGUCGGCACUAGACCAGGCAUUGAAGAAGGAGCCGGACAAUGCAGAGGCUAUCGCCAACUCGCUGGUGUUACAGGUCCUCGUUGGGAAGAGCCCCAACGACUCGAUUGAGUCUCUGAAGAAAGUAGCCCCGCAACAUGCGUUCCUGACGGAUUUGGAAGAGAAGAGCCAACUGUUCGACACCGCGGCAUCGAAAUUCAGCGCAAAGGUCUCGGCGUAAACGGUGCAAGUAUGGCUUGAUAAUCAGGUUGGGAACCUAUAAAGAGCAAAGACAAACAAUAAUAGAUUUCACGAGACAUGAUCC